AUGUCGGGUGCCAAUUCCCUAGCUGACGAGACGGGAUCGCGUCCUUCUCUCCGAGAUCGAAUCCUCGGUGUCUUUCGUUCCUCAUCUUCAACCAGCUUCUCGGGGUUUCCAGAUAACAUCCCCGUCGACGAUGGGACACAGGACCUCGACCCGGGAGUAGGGAGUUUGUCUGGGGAGCCUGAUGCAAGGACGCGACUCCUGGAGUCAUACAACCGGCACGAUCCUCUAUGUGGACAGAGAUCCUGUGACCACGGCACGUUUUCGCCACGACCUGAGGAGCAUGAGAACUCGCCAUGGGCUGUGAGGUUCAUGCAGAAAAACGGCAAUUAUGGAAGGAACGACGAAGUCGCAGGCGACAUGUCCAACAGCGCCCAGUUCUCACGCCCAACUUCCGCCCCAAGAUCGGAUACUAUGCAGUCAAUGGAGUCUUCCUUUUCGACACCAUUCCCAAAGCACCGUAAAACAUUAUACAUUUCGUAUUACGUUCCGUUCUUCAAUUGGAUUACACAGUACCGCCUGUCCUACCUCCGGGGAGACUUGAUAGCUGCAUUGACAAUUGCCUCGAUUUAUAUCCCGAUGGCGCUGUCAUUAUCAGAAAAUCUUGCCCACGCCCCUGCCAUUAAUGGCCUCUAUUCUUUCGUGAUCUGUCCGUUUAUCUAUGCUAUUCUGGGGAGCAGCACCCUACUGGUAGUUGGACCAGAAGCUGCUGGCUCUUUGCUGACUGGCACGGUUGUCAAGACGAGCGUCAACCAAGGAAUCUCCGGAGAGGAGGACGAGGCUGCAAACGCCAUGGUUGUGGGAGUAGCGACGGCCAUGGCAGGCGCUAUGGUUCUGGUUGCUGGCCUUACUCGAUUAGGCUUUCUGGACAAUGUCUUGAGUCGACCUUUCCUGAGAGGCUUCAUCACCGCUAUUGGCUUCGUGAUCUUUGUGGACCAGCUCCUCCCAGAAGCUGGUCUAGCGCAACUAGCAGCUGAGGCCGGUGUGAGCCAUGGGACCACUAUAAACAAGAUUGGUUUCUUUUUCAGGAACAUCAAAAACGGCCAUGGUCUCACUGCGGCAGUGUCCUUUGGCAGCUUCGCCAUAAUCAUGGUGUUCAGAAUCAUUAAGAAGAGCCUUGAGCCAAGAAUACCACAAGUUGUCUAUUUCCCCGACCGCUGCAUUGUGGUCAUCCUAUCGGCGAUCUUGACAUGGAAGUUUGGUUGGGACCAACAAGGACUCGAAAUCCUAGGAGCGACGAAAAACAACGGCAACGGGCUAUUCGAGUUCAAAUGGCCGUUCCAGUUCAGCCACAUGAAACACGUACGCGCUGCAAUGAGUACAUCUUUUGUUAUUGCAAUUCUUGGUUUUUUCGAGUCUUCAGUGGCUGCCAAGGGUCUAGGCGAGGGCCGUCGUGACGGUGUAAAGGGCAUGUCUGUCAGUGCCAACCGAGAGAUGGUUGCUUUGGGUGUUUCCAAUGUUGUUUGCGGAUGUUUCAUGGGUCUUCCUGCUUUUGGUGGGUAUGGAAGGAGUAAGGUCAAUGCUUCUACCGGAGCCCGUUCACCGAUGAGCAGCAUUUUAUUGAGCAUCAUCACUUUGAUCUGUAUCAUGGUGCUUUUGCCUUAUCUGUAUUAUCUCCCGAAAGCGGUUCUUUCCUCGAUGAUUUCUGUCGUUGCCUUGACUCUUGUCGAAGAGUGCCCCCACGACGUGGCGUUCUUCAUUCGUUUACGUGGAUGGACAGAGCUGGCAUUGAUGCUCCUCAUCUUCACUACGACAAUUUUCUAUUCUUUAGAAAUGGGAAUGGCGUUUGGUAUUGGUCUUUCUGUUCUGAUCCUCAUCCGCCACUCCACAAAACCGCGAAUCCAAAUUCUGGGCAAGGUCGCCGGUACAGAAAAUCGGUUUGACAAUGCUGAGCUUCAUCCGGAGAAUGUGGAGUUGGUUGCAGGCGCGCUGAUCGUCAAAAUCCCUGAGCCUCUCACAUUUGCCAACACUGGCGACCUCAAGAAUCGUCUUCGCCGUUUGGAGCUUUAUGGUUCCAGUCACAUACACCCGUCCCACCCUCGAAUGCGCUCGCCCGAGCAUAACAAGAACAUCAUCUUCGAUGUCCAUGGUGUGCUCAGUAUUGAUGGCUCUGGAGCACAAGUUCUAUACGAGAUUGUCAAAUCGUAUACUGAUAACGGUACGAGAGUUUUCUUCUGCCGUGUCCCCACCCGCAGCGUUUUCCGCAGGUUUGAGAGGAGCGGUAUUGUCGACGAGAGUGGUGGAAUGUCUCAUUUUGUUCGUGGUGUCGAUGAAGCCCUACGGCUGGCCGAGUCCGAGGAAACUCUAGAAUUUUGA